AUGUCUGCUUCUGCUGUGUUUGUGUUGGAUCUGAAAGGAAAGGUGCUGAUAUGUCGCAACUACAAGGGCGACGUGAACAUGGCCGAGAUAGACCACUUCAUGCCUCUGCUCAUGCAACAGGAAGAGGAGGGCCAGCUGUGCCCCUUGAUCUCCCAUGGCAACGUCCACUUCCUGUGGAUCAAACACAGCAACCUCUACUUGGUAGCGACUACAAACAAGAACUGCAACGCUUCACUCGUCUACACCUUCUUGUACAAGCUGGUGGAGGUGUUCACAGAGUACUUCAAGGAGCUGGAGGAAGAGAGCAUCCAGGACAACUUUGUCGUGGUGUAUGAGCUGCUGGAUGAGCUGAUGGACUUUGGUUUCCCUCAGACCACAGACAGCAAGAUCCUUCAAGAGUACAUCACCCAAGAGGGAAAUAAGCUGGAAGUGGCCAAGUCGCGGGUGCCCACCACUGUCACCAACGCGGUGUCCUGGAGGUCAGAGGGCAUCAAGUACAAGAAGAACGAGGUCUUCAUCGAUGUCAUCGAGUCUGUCAAUGUGUUGGUGAACGCCAACGGCAACGUGAUGAGCAGCGACAUCGUGGGCAGCAUCAAGCUGAAGACCAUGUUGUCCGGGAUGCCGGAGCUCCGCCUGGGACUGAACGACAGGGUGCUGUUCUCUCUCACUGGCCGAGACAAGGGGAAGUCGGUGGUGAUGGAGGACGUGAAGUUCCACCAGUGCGUGCGUCUGUCCCGAUUCGAGAGCGACCGCACCAUCUCCUUCAUCCCCCCCGACGGGGAGUCCGAGCUCAUGUCCUACCGCAUCAACACGCACGUGAAGCCUUUGAUUUGGAUUGAGUCCGUCAUCGAGAAGUUCUCACACAGCAGAGUGGAGAUCAUGGUGAAGGCAAAAGGCCAGUUUAAGAGACAGUCUGUCGCCAACAAUGUGGAGAUCAAGGUGCCAGUGCCCAGUGAUGCCGACUCUCCCAAAUUCAAGACCAGCACGGGUCACGCCAAGUAUGUGCCCGAGCAGAACCAGGUGGUGUGGACCAUCAAGUCCUUCCCGGGAGGGAAGGAGUUCCUGAUGCGCGCGCACUUUGGCCUGCCCAGCGUGGAGAACGAUGAGGCGGAGGGAAAGCCGCCCAUCACGGUCAACUUCGAGAUCCCAUACUUCACUGUGUCUGGAAUCCAGGUGCGGUACAUGAAGAUUAUUGAGAAGAGUGGCUACCAAGCCUUGCCCUGGGUCCGAUACAUCACGCAAAGCGGAGAUUACCAGCUGAGGACCAACUCCUAGAAAUAUUCCCUGGGCAAAAGAGUCAAGGACCUGCGGUUUCAUUGAACAAGCGACCAAAACGGUGCCUUUGUAUUUAUAAAGAGCAAAUUUCUCAACUUUUUUUUUUAAAUGCAUAGAUUUUGAAUGAUUUGAUUGUGUAGACCCGGCCUUCCUCCCCUACUGUCUCCCCUUAGCCAUCCACCCAGGGCUGCCUCAGCACGGCUGCCCUCCUGGUCAGCUUGUCUGCAUGCAGUGCUUCGGUACAGCCAAGCCCUUACGAGUCCUGUGACCCUCCUGGUUAUCAGAUAAGUGAUGUGGGAACUGGAUGGAGCCCAGUUAAACACUGGACUGGAGAGGCAUGAUUGCAAGCUGAGCAGCCCUGCUGUCCAGAUAGAUAUUUUUGUGAUCAUUUUAGGUCAGGGUUCUGGAAGGCUGCUGUGCUCAUAACUGCCCAUUUCCACUAAUUAUUGUCUUAAUUGAACCAUGUUAACGAUUCCCAAAUCAUUAAGGCAGGGAUUUCCACUGCUGGUCCUUGUCCUUGUCUGGUGGUUUUCAUUCCAGCUGGACUCUUAACAGGCUAAACUGAACUUGUAAUUUAAUUAGACCACAAUUCAAUUUAAUCUUUGCCGCUCCUUAAAAGUUGCAGCUUGCAAAUUACUCAAGAAAGUUUUGCAAUUCUUUAAAUACGUCAAAUGCUGGGGCACAAAUAAUUGAGCUAGAACCAAAAUCUGGCAAACUGUGGUCAUAAGGAUCUGGAGUGAGGAGACCUGUAUUAGAGUAUCCAAGAGCAAGGGUGUGAGACUCCACUCCUUGAGGGCUUAGUAUAUCCUGGUUUUUGUUGUACCCAAGCUCUCAGUUUCAUAGAGGUAUCUGUUUUUAAAUACACUAUAAGCUUUGCAAAUGGGUUGUAAGAACUGAACAGUAUCCACUUCAGCCUGCCUGUAGUGCUAUUGUAACAUAUACAGUAUAUUUUUACUUUCAAGAAAUGUGAGGAAGAAAGGAAAUGCUCCCUGUUUUGGCUUCAGCGUCCAAUUAGGCUUUAGUUUGAUUCCAUUGAUUAAUUUAGGAAGGCAAGGGGUUGGAAUCUGCUAAACUCUAGAUCAGGAGUCACAAACUCAGUCCCUCGAGGGGCUCUGUGUCGUCAGUUUUUUUUUGUUUCAACCCUAGGAGCUAAUUAAUUAACCUGAUUGUUUUCAAAAUUAAACCUAUAGAGGAUUUUUUAAGAUUAAUUACACAAGACACAUUAAAGGUGCAGUUACCUAUAAACUGCCUUGUUAGAUGCCAUUUUGUAGGAAGUCACAUACUGUUGCUUUGAUGGUGUUGGUUGUAAUUUUGCUUUGAUUCUAAUCGAGUGAUUGUAAAUAAUACUGUGUGAGUCUUGAGCGUUGUUAAAAUUACACAGAAGCCUGCAUGAUUACCAGAUCAUUUCUUUCCAGACUUUGUUUGUGUAAAGCUUAGUUUUUUUUGUGUAAUUUUAACUAAAAUUAAAAUACCGUAAUAACCAAUGGAAAAA